AUGUCCAAUAACUCCAAUACCUCAUCCACGCAUCUUGUGGCUGGAUUUGUAGGAGGGUUGACUUCAUCAAUUUGUCUUCAACCAUUAGACUUAUUGAAGACGAGGGUUCAACAAACUAAGAAUGCCACUAUAACCAGUGAAUUGAAGAGAAUAUCUCAUGUCACAGAUUUAUGGAGAGGGACUAUACCGUCUGGUGUCAGAACAUCAGUAGGAAGUGCUCUUUACCUCACAUUUUUGAAUAUUACCAGAACUUUUGUUGCCGAACAGAAGGCACAAACUGUUUCUAUGAACCGAAGUAGCAGGCUACCAAAACUUUCCUCUAGUGAAAACCUCAUUACCGGUAUGUUCGCAAGGUCAGUUAUAGGAUUUGUUACUAUGCCAGUCACCGUCAUUAAGGUCAGAUACGAGUCCGUAUCAUAUAACUACUCCAGCAUGGGUAUGGCCUUCAAGGAUAUACUUACGCGGGAGGGUCCUAGAGGGUUCUUCAACGGGUUUUGGGCUACCACAGCAAGAGACGCACCAAAUGCUGGGCUCUAUGUCCUGUUCUACGAACACUUCAAGUCUUGGUUGCCGAAAUUAAUAGAUCGGGGGGACCCAAGCGAUAAGUCUGUAUACUCUUCUUCCAAGUCUGCAUUAAUUAACUCCAUGUCGGCCACCCUUUCGGCCUCACUUUCAACUAUCAUCACUGCUCCAUUUGACACAAUUAAAACUUGCAUGCAGCUCUACCCUCAAAAAUACCCAACAUUAUGGGGAACAGGUAUUUCGUUAGUGAGAAAUGAAGGUGUUUCAAGAAUGUUCAAUGGGCUUUCUUUGAGACUAAUAAGAAAAGCUGGUUCCGCUGGUAUCGCCUGGUGUAUCUACGAAGAGCUAAUCAAAGUAGCUUCCACUUUUUAA